AUGGUCAAUUUUCGCUUAUGUCUACACAUUGCAUUAUCGCCAGCCAAUUUUCCGGAUAUAAACCUUACUGUAAUGCCAUCACCGCAUAUUAGUGAAGCUUAUUAG